AUGUCUAGACGCUAUCAACCUAACAUAAUAAUCACAGGUACGCCAGGGUGCGGAAAAUCCUCGCAUGCCGUCAGUUUGGUCUCGCAACUUGGAGACUCUUACACUCAUCUCCCAGUCAGUGAUCUUGCUAAAGAAAGAGACUGCAUUGAUUCUUACGAUGAAGUGUUGGCUACCAGUGUUGUGGACGAAGACAAGUUGUUGGAUUCUCUUGAAAUUGAUUUGGAAAAGGGCGGUGCUAUAGUGGAUUGGCACUGCUGUGAUAUCUUCCCGGAAAGAUUAAUAGACUUGGUGGUUGUAUUGAGAACAGACACAUCCCUCUUGUACGAUAGGUUGCUGAAGAGAGACUAUAAGAAUAAUAAGAUCCAAGAGAAUUUGGAUUGUGAAAUAAUGGAGGUUAUCUUAAACGAUGCUCGUGAGUCUUAUAUACCUGAAAUUGUUAUUGAGUUGACAUCCAACUCGGUGGAAGAGAUGGACGAGAAUGUAGACAGAAUCAACGGCUGGAUCGAGAACUGGUGCAAGGAUCACCCAGAAGGUGUCACCAAUGUAUUGGAUCCCGAAUUAGCUGCUAAGUAUAAGAAGCAACAGGAGGAAGAUUCAGAUGAAGAAUUAGAUUAG